GCUAGCUGGGUAUGCUGAGUAUUUGUUAGUGUGUACGUGUGGUGUGUGUGAAUGUCAAUAUGUACAUUAAAUAACUUAAAGGCAUAGAGUGAGUUCCCCUCUCUGUGUGAAUACUUAAUCUCUCGCUCUCUCGCUCUCUCUCCGGUUACUUUAGCGCUCGCUCUCUCUCUCUCUCCAGUUACUUUAGCGCUCUCUCUCUCUCUCCGGAUACUCUCUGGCCCUACUUUUAGCACUGGAUCGUGCUUAGACUCUCAGUGGUGUUUUGACCACAAUCGUAAAACAACCCCCACAGUCCAGGACACUUGGGAUCUCUCUCUCCUUGCCCGCCUGGCCUCCAGAGGACCCCAGACCCCCCGCUAUCCUGCUCCUCUCUGCCCAGCCAUGGAGCCCUUUGCUGAGGUAAGACCCAGGUUCCCUUAUUCGAGGUAGGGGAUGGAGGCCCCAGUUGGAUCAACUCAGGUCCUCUGUCUGAGGCUGAGGACCGGCUGGUCUACAUGAACUUCAUGAAGAGCCACUGCUGCUACGACGCCAUCCCCACCAGCUCCAAACUGGUGGUGUUUGACACCACCCUCGAGGUGAAGAAAGCGUUCUUUGCUCUGGUUGCCAACGGCGUCCGUGCUGCUCCUCUCUGGGACAGCAAACUGCAGGUGUUUGUAGGUAUGCUGACCAUCACAGACUUCAUCAACAUCCUGCAGCGUUACUACACAUCUCCCCUGGUGCAAAUCUAUGAGCUGGAGGAACACAAGAUCGAGACAUGGAGAGAGAUCUAUCUGCAGUACUCUGUCAACAGUCUGAUCAGCAUCUCCCCUAAUGCCAGUCUGUUUGAGGCCGUCUACUCUCUGCUGAAGCAUAAGAUCCACCGGCUUCCGGUCAUUGACCCAUUGUCUGGCAACGUUCUACACAUUCUCACCCACAAACGCAUACUCAAGUUCCUUUACAUCUUCGGUUCUUUGCUUCCUAAGCCUCGGUUCCUUCAAAAGAGGAUCCAGGAGGUGGCAAUUGGGACAUUUAAGGAAAUCGCCACUGUGCUGAUCUCGGCCACCGUCUACGAUGCCCUGUCUGUGUUCGUAGAGCGACGGGUGUCUGCUCUACCGGUGGUCGACCAAAAAGGGAAAGUUGUGGCUCUGUACUCACGCUUUGAUGUUAUCAAUCUAGCAGCCCAGAAGAGUUACAACAACCUGAACAUGAGCAUGCAGGAGGCGCUGGCAAGCAGGUCCUGCUCGAUGGAGGGGGUCCUCAAGUGUUACCCCUACGAGACCCUGCAGACCAUCAUAGACCGCAUCGCUAAGGCUGAGGUGCAUCGGCUGGUGCUGGUGGACAGUAAGGAUGUGGUCCAAGGGAUCGUGUCUCUGUCUGACCUCCUCCAGGCAUUGAUACUCAACCCUGCAGACAUAUAUGUUCCUUAGCAUUGUGAAGUUGGAGACUAGCAUUAGAACCAAGCACCGCGUCUUGGUGGGGCGGUAGUUGAAACCUUCCCAUGACAUGGGGGAAGAGAAGAGUGUGUGAAGAAGAAGCUUUCGUGGGCUGACCUGGAUGUGUCUUUGAGCAAGGCAUUAGUUGGCAGACUGACGGAGGUAGGCGCCAACCUCAAGAGCUCAGGGUGAAAAGCCAACUCUCCAUGAGCUCCAACCCAGUAGAGGCAGGAGAUCUGUACUCCUGUUGUCUUACCAAUGAAGGAUGAAGAACUUGAUGUGAUAAAACUCCUGCGCUGGCGCCUCUACCAUGACCUGGAUGUCGUAUUGCUGUCCACUGGGCUUGGUCAAAGAUGAAGACCUCUUGUUUUACUAUAAAAUGAUCAAUGUAAUUUCACCAAAGUAUCAACACUCACUCUAAUAAACACGAUCAAUGUUG